AGGGACUGAAACACCCCCCCUCCCUCCUCCCCUCUGUUUCCCUCCAUCACCAAGCUGGGAGCCAGUCUCCAUGGCAACCUGCUACAGGAGGGGUUUGCCGGUUGGAGCCGGAGACAAUCAGUCUUCAGUCAGCAGCACGGUCUGAACAGCCACACCGCAUCACGCCCGAGUGGAAUGGAAGAACAGGACAAGAAAGAAAAUGAGGAGUACACGGGAGAGAUAAAGGGAGGUCUGAGGCCUUCCAUGAAGCUGGUCAUCAUGGGAAUCGUGAACAAGAAGCCGAAGAGCAUCGAGGUGACUCUGUCCAGCAAACCGGAGCAGCAGCAGGAGGAGGAGGAGGCCGACGUAGGUCUGCAGCUGAAGGUCAACUUCACGGAAAAGGCCGUCCAGCGCAACGCCCGCAUGGGGGGGAAGUGGGGUCCAGCCGAGAACACGCUCUCCUUCUUCCCCUUUGCUCCUGGAGAGGCGUUCAAGAUGGAGAUCGUCUGCGAGCACCAGCAGUUCCGUAUCCUGGUGGACGGCCAGCCUCUCUGCGGCUUCACCCACCGCCUCUCCCAGCUGGCCUCGCUCACCUCCUUACGGGUUUUUGGGGACCUUCAGCUCACCAAGGUGGCCUAACGGCAGCCGGAGGGGAAGGACAUGUGGUUGUGGGUUCUGAUGGAUCCUUCAGAGUCAAAGAAAGUUACACUUCCAUCAUCAUCGUCAUCGCGCGUUCAGACAAAGUGCCUUCAUGAGGAAGAAUGUAACAGUUGAUCCAACAAGGAAUGAGAUCUGGAUCAACUGAUGUAAAAACUGUAAUCCAAAAUCUGUCAAAACGUAACUAUACGGUAAAUUUAGUGAUUUGGGAAAAAUCCGUUCCAGACAUUCUGUCUUUAAAUUGUCUGGAGAAGACUUUGGAAAGCACUUCUUCAGAAUCCUCCUGUUUCUGAGGUCAGAGGUCGUCACUUUGUGUCCAGCAGGCGUGACCGUCAUGAAAGACGCCGGCGCCGUUUAUUUUUCAAAAGUAACUUUCGAUUCAAUUUCUCUGUUUUCAUUCUCUGUAGCUCAUCUCAUCAUUUUCUUCCAGCACUUUUUUGUAAAAAUCUAUUUUGCUGUAAAUCCAUUGUUUGUGUUUUUGGUGCUUAAAUACAGAAGAAAGACAAAAUGAAGGAGUUUGAGCUCUG